GCGAAGAGGCGGCCGUGCCUACGGCGGCCGAGCCCCUCAGGGGCCUUCCCAGGCCCUCAAGGAGGAGGAAAACACGACUGGGCUUGCCGGAGGCCAUGCCGAGCGCCCCGCGGACGGUGCCGAGGUGGCGCACGAGGGUGGCAACAGCGAGUCAUCUGCUGCCGAGAAGAAGCAGAAAUGGGGCGCGCAUGAUGAGGGACGGGGCGAUGACCACAAGGCGAAGAAGGUGAAGACAACCGGGGAGAAGAUGCCUCCUAGCCUGAAAGCGGCGCCGACGUCCAACCUGAGCCCUGGGGGGCACGGAAGAUUUCACGCCGCUCCGGCACCGCGGCAGGGCGCCCAAGCGUAGCAGGGGCACCGAGCACCCCUCUGGAGCCUCGAGAGGGGCUGACCGCCCCGCCGGCUGCUGACCGGCCCCAGGCACCACUUCCAGAAUACGGGGGUGCGUCCCUUACAGGCCCUAAUGCGAGCACAGGUGUGGUGACGAGGAAUGACACGACGCCCAAGCCCCCGCCUGGCACUCUCGUCACCGCCGCAGGGAGCGAUGCGAGCGCGCUAUGGAGGAUCCCCUGGUCUCGACGAUCCAAGAAGCUUCCGCAGCUGACAUGGCGAAUCCCAUGAUGCGGUCUGAGGGGAAGAUCCUGAAGCCCUCCGCACCCCAGACAAGCACCGUCGGGGCUCCUUCAACCGUGGUGGCAGCGGGCAUCGAGACAACGGACCUGGGACGGACCUGCGCGCUGGUGAGCUGCAACACAUUGCUCAGGCACCGGGCCUUGACUGAUGCUCAAGCCGCGCUUGACCGUCUCGGGGCAGACCUUCGGGACGUUGUGGUGUGCCUCGCUAAGGAGCGCCUGAAGCUUGUGGCCGGAUGGUACCAGCUUGACGCUGCCUCCAAGGUGAGCCAGUGCCAGACCGAGGCUGCCAUCACGCAAAGCGAGAAGGAAACUGCCGAGGCAAAGGCAGCCCGUGAGAGCACACUUGCCGAGGCUGAGGCGGCCAUCAAGCGUCGCGCAGAGGUGGAAGCCAGCCUGAAGGCGGAUCAAGAUGAGCAAGUUGCGGAUGCGCGGCGGCUCCAGUUGCGGGAGGACGAUCUCAAAGCCCACGAGGCGAGGCUCGGACCCGCGAGUCGGACAUAGUGGCCGCGGCGACCAAGCAGGCUACAGAGUGGGAGCGCCUGGAGGUGUUGCAACACCAAGUGGCCGACGCUCAGGAGGCCCAUGUGAAGCACGUCUUCGAGGCCAACGCUCAACUGGACGCCAGAGAGAAGAAGGUCCAGGCAAAUGCCGAUGCAAAGGCGACGGCGGACCACGCCGCGCUCCCGUCUCUUGAGCUUAGGGCUCACAAGGCCUUAAGUUCCAUAUGCCGGGAGAGGCUUGAGGCUCCUCUCAUAGCUAGCGACGCAGGCUACGCCAAGUUCUCCAUCAAGCUCAUGGAGCAGCUCGAAGACGGGGCCCGGAAGGUGGACAACAUCCUAGAGGAGGAGUGCGGUGACCUCUUCUUCAUGGCGGCGACCCGCAUCUUCAGCCACCUUCUUCACCGUUACCCCAACUUUGACUUCAACGAAGUGAUAGGCCCCGUUCUGGAAGAAUCAUGCGAUGGCCUUGCGGAGGCCAUGGAAGGACACACUGGUGCGCGUCGGUGCUAUACAAACGGUUUUUCACCCCUUUCCGCGACG